GCUACAGCUGACAUGCAAGGAAAAAGAGUGGAAUAACAUAAACUGUUCGGUUUCAAAACAUGAUCGCUUUCUUCCAAAGAGUUACAUCAUCACUCUUCCCAACACAACUUCAUCGUCAUCUUCUUCUCUCUCACCAUGACCCCCUCUGUCAAUAACCACACAAGUGAAAUUGAGUUCACUCAUCGUGAAAGUGAAGAAGAGGUAGCACAUUUGCAUGCAGAUUCAGCUCUUGCCAUGGACAACAACACAACAAUGCAGGUGCAUGCAGAUCAAAAGUGUAUCACUAACAAGAGGUACAUGCCCCUUUUGGUGAUUAACUAUGUCUGUCUCUUUGUGGGUUCUCUUGCUGCUAGUUUGCUCUCUAAGUAUUAUUUCAUCCACAAAGGUUCAAGCAUUUUGGUUUCAACCUGGGUUCAAACCGCAGGCUUUCCUCUCUUGAUCAUCCCAAUUUCUCUCCCUUAUCUCCUUAAACUCACAAACAGGGUGCCCUUCACCGAUUUCACUCCAAGAAUGUUACUUCUCUCAAUUGCAAUUGGCGUUAUGUUAGGAUUCAACAACCUUUUCUUCUCAUGGGGAAAUUCAUAUCUUCCCAUUUCAACCUCAGCGCUUUUGCUCUCUUCCCAGCUUGUUUUCAACCUUCUCUUCUCUGUCAUCAUUGUCAAGCAAAAACUAACCUUUUCAAACGUUAACUGUGUCAUCCUUCUUACCUUGAGCUCCAUCCUCCUAGCCUUGGACUCUAGCCACGAGACACCAGAGGGGAUCACACGGAAGCACUACUUCUUUGGAUUCUUCUGCACCAUAGCCGCAGGCCUGAUGUUUGCGUUCUAUCUGCCUCUGAUGGAGAAGAUCUACAGGAGGGUGUAUUGCUAUGAAAUGGUGAUGGAAAUGCAGCUUGUGAUGGAGUUGGCAGCUACAACACUGGCCACAAUUGGCAUGGCAGGUGGGGGUGGAUUUGCUAAGAUGAAGGAAGAAAGUAGAAUGGUGUUUGACAAGGGAUGCAUGGUUUAUUGGGUGACGGUGAUCGGAAAUGUGGUGACUUGGCAGCUGUGUUUCAUGGGAACUGCAGGAAUGGUGUUCUUGACAUCUUCUCUGACAGGGGGCAUUUGCAUGACGGCAUUGUUGUCCAUGAAUGUGUUGGGAGGAGUUCUGGUCUACAAAGAUGCAUUCGGCGGUUUCAAAGCUAUCUCCACCAUUCUCUGCAUUUGGGGGUUCCUUUCUUAUGUCUAUGGCAUCUACAAACUAAAUCGAAAGGAGCAACACAAAACUCUCACCAGGAACAAGAACCACAUCGUCAACAUUGUGGCUAACUGAACUAUGUAUUAUGUAUUUUCGUUUGUGUGAUGUAGUUUAUCGUUAAAUCUUCCACUAGUGUCCAUUAUCAAUGUCAGAGUAUCGCUUUUCUCUAGUUUCAUGUAUUCAGAACGUUGUUGCUUGUAUAAACUUACUCUUAAUGAGUCGUUUUAAUGUAUUGGCAGAAGUUUAUUUGCUUUCAUAAA